GACAGUUCCAGGGCGAUGGCCCUGUUAAAAAGCUCUGAGCCGCUUGCUUCAUCCUCAAUUCAUUGUGUGGCACGUCCAAUGCACAGGCUGCAGGAGCCAUGAGCCGCAAAGUCGUGAGGUCCAGUAAAUUCCGCCAUGUUUACGGCCAGCCAGUCAAGGCCGACCAGUGCUACGACGACAUCCGUGUUUCCCAGAUGACCUGGGAUGGGAAUUUUUGCUCGGUCAAUCCCAAAUUCCUGGCCAUCGUCGUCGAAUCCAGCGGAGGAGGGGCUUUCUUGGUCUUGCCGUUGUCCAAGACUGGCCGCCUGGAUAAGUCCUACCCCGUUGUCUCGGGGCACACGGCCCCUGUGCUGGACGUGGAGUGGUGCCCCCACAACGACAACGUCAUUGCCAGUGCAUCCGAGGACUGCAGCGUUAUGGUGUGGGCAGUGCCCGAAACCGGCCUCGUGCGGCCUUUGAACGAACCCCUGGUGACCCUCGAAGGCCAUUCCAAACGGGUGGGCAUUGUCGCCUGGCACCCGACCGCCCAGAACCUUCUGCUCAGCACAGGUUGCGAUAAUGCAGUGACCGUCUGGGACGUGGGAGUCGGGCAGGCGUCCGUCACGUUGGACAACCUGCACCCGGAUGCCAUCUACAGCUCGGUUUGGAACCGGGACGGAUCCCUGCUCUGCACGGCCUGCCGGGACAAACGGGUCCGACUGUUUGACCCACGGGCAGGGGGUAAAGUUGCCAAUGAACUGCCUCGUCCUCAUGAGGGAUCACGUCCUGUCCGGGCUGUUGUGGUGAACGACGGGAAAUUGCUGACCACUGGCUUCAGCCGCAUGAGCGAGCGACAGGUGGCUCUGUGGGAUCCGAGGAAUCCCGAGGAGCCGUUGACCCUCCAGGAGCUAGACACGAGUAGCGGGGUUCUGCUGCCUUACUAUGAUCCCGACACAAAUGUGGUUUACCUGACUGGCAAGGGUGACAGCAGCAUCCGCUAUUUUGAGGUCACAGGAGAGGCUCCCUUUGUGCAUUAUCUAUCCAUGUUCAGCUCCAAGGACUCACAACGGGGCGGGGGCUGGAUGCCGAAACGCGGCCUGGAUGUCAGCAAGUGUGAAAUUGCCAGAUUUUACAAGCUCCACGAGAGGAAGUGCGAACCCAUUGCCAUGACUGUGCCUCGGAAAUCAGACCUGUUCCAAGAAGACCUGUAUCCUGACACGGCCGGCCCGGACUCUGCCCUGACAGCAGAAGAAUGGCUUUCAGGGAAGAACGGCCACCCCAUCCUCAUCUCACUCAAGGACGGCUACACUCCCCAGAAGACCAGAGAGUUCAAGGUCAACAAGACCCUCCUGGAAGGGCCAAAGAGAAGCCAAGUAUCCCAGGAAAGGGCACAACAGGGGGGCUCUGCUUUAGAGCAGCUCUCGGACGAUCUGAAGCGGCUGCAAGCCACCAUCUCCGAACAGGAACGGCGCAUCUCGGAACUGGAGCACCUUGUGAAGAAAUAGAAACUGCUGUGCUCCCCACCGGACCAACCGAUCUGCUUCCCCUUCUGUCCCACCAGACUUGAUUCCAGCGGUCUUUCAAAAACCCUCCCGUCUUUUGUGGGUGGAUCCUCAGGGCAUUAUUAAGCUCCACCCACUCCAAAACUCAGGGCAGGAACCAGCUUCGCGGGGGGGUGGGGCAUCUGUCAGGGCCAUUUCCCAUUGCAGUUUGCUAGUCUGACAAGCUCCAGGCGUGUCAAACUCGUGGACUACAGUUCCCAUCAACCCCUGCCAGCAUGGUGCUGGCAGGGGAUGAUGGGAACUGUAAUCCAUAACAUCUGGAGGGCCACGAGUUUUGACACCUGUGAGUUAGACAAAUGCUGUAUAAUACCUUGGAGGCACUAGGCUUCUGGGAAAUUGAGGACAAAUUCCGAAGCCCUCCUCUUCCUGAGGCUGUUGUCUCUUAGAGAGCAGGAAGGGUACCUGCUUUCUCACCCUUCCCUUCACCCUUUCCUCAGCCGAGGACUCCCUUCUCCAGAAUGUCUUCAGGAAGUAUUAGGAGAUCAACUCCUUCACUUUGACUUCGGAGGGCAGGGCCCUGACAAUUAAGCCGACGGCCCAGUUGAUUAGAAAUACACCGAUCAACUAAAACUGUACCCCUAAGUAUGUAUAUGUACAAACCCUUUUAAAAAACGAACAAGUACUUCCAUUGAAAAAGCCCUGCAGAUGGUAAAGCCCUUUUAAUUGAGAGCCGCGCCCUCCCCCCCGCCGUGCGAGAGGACGAAUGUUUCUUCCUUGAUGCCUGCUGCAGCAAAAUACGCGCGUCAUCUCAAAGCAAAACAAAGGGCCGACUUUUUCCUUGUAGAGCUAUGGUUUUUUAAAAAUAAUUUGCAUAUUUAUGCAGAUUGAUUAAAUAGAUUAAAACAUUAA